AUGGCCUCCUACCACCCCGCCCCGCUGCCGGUGCGCUUUGACAGCAACGUUAGUCUCACUUUACACCAGGCGUUUCUCUCGACAGCCGGCGUGCUGCUCUGCGAUCCUGUGGCACGCGUUCAUGUGGUCACCAUCAAGACACUGCACGCAGCGCCGCCUCCCUCCGUACCCAAGACGAAUUCAAACAGCUGCGGCGUUGCCGCAGCGGAGGGAGGAAUCCGUAUAGUGCUGAACUCGAAGGAGGUGGCCAAGUCAAAGCCGCACUUCUUCACCACACACCCCAGCUUCAACGAGACGUUCAACUUCACCGUGGCAGAGACGAGUGCCCUGACGUCGCUGUCGAUUCCAGGACAUGCAGUUGUGGACAGAGCUAACGCCGCCGCCCAAGGCCGUAGGAAACAGGUGGAUGGCGGUGUGCGCAAUACCGGCAGCGGCACCAGUGAGAGCGUCGUGGACUACAUCGUCGUCACGAUCGAGUCUGCUGACGGCACAGCCUUCUACGGUGAGGCAUACGCGCCUUUUAGCCCACAUUGCACCAGCGCCAUUCCCGCAGCAACCCCUGUACGCGUGAUGUUGACCCCUCGAAACGCCCAGGACGCCGCAGACCCGCUUUUUCUGCAAGACAACGCGCUGCUGGAGGCGAAGCACCUCGAUGACUUUGGGUUUGUGACGAUGAGCUGGGAGGUGGCAGUGGUGCCACGGGGCGGGGCGCUGAUGGGGACUGAGCCUAUGCUUACCUCCUCCUCCUCCUCCUCGCCUCCUAGCGCGGCACCGUUCCCAGUCGGGUUGACGCUACGGGCGACGUGGCUGGCACGCGCCGCCGCCUACGUUCGCGGUGCCCAUUACACCACAUCCGUCGAGUUCGGAGGACAAGACCGCUUUAUCUUCUCCAAUCCUCAGCAACCGCUCUGCUUGACACUGCACGGCGGGUCGGCCGAGGCGGCGCUGCACCGUGCCGUCUUACACUGCUCUGUCCAGAGCGUUGUCGAUCCCACCAAGUCGCAUGACGUGGCAGUUCCGCUGCCGCUCCCGCCGCUGACCUCCGCCGCGGCCCGCAACCGGGACGUUCGGUGGACUGCGCCUGUUCGAACCAUCAACGGCGUGGACCUCGGCUUACUGCUCGUGACGAUGCGAGUGUCCAGCAAGCCGCUCUCCACCGAUCCACCGCGCUGCCCAGACGCGGCGUGCACGCGUGUGAAUGACCCCGUUCAUCAAGAAGAGUAUCAGCACGUGGCAGAGCUCUGGGAAAAGUCACAACCGCCGCAGGUGCCUCCUGGCGCUUAUCAGCCCAUUGCUUGGGAGUCUCAGGUGCACGUCUUGGAGGCUGCGCAGCGCCAGCGGAAGCGGCAGUGCAUCCUGGAAGCGCAACCUACUGCCGAGCAUGUGCGCCACAUAUUCGAUGUUCUCAUGGGUCGCGCGUCGCUCGACGCCGGGGUGGCGCGUGUGGCAGCAACGUUCAGCAGCAAAAACCCUGCAGAGGUGACAGCCGGAGACCUGCGGGAGAUGAUGGUAGGCUGCGCCUUUCACGCGGCGCAGCUGUCAGUGCAGGAUGCGGCGCGCUUCUGCUUCGUGGCGCUUCGCCGCGACGUCGAGGACGCCGUAGCAGCUGAAGAGGUGCAGUACAUUGUGGAUCACUGCCUGCUAGAGAAGACGAUCGAGAUGCCGACCAAAGAGAGAAAGCGAUUAGUCACCGACCUGUUCGCCAAUGUACCCACUGUCUCCUACCAUGACUUUGCAAAGUACAUGUUACACAACUACGCCUUGUGGGCGACACUGGGUGUACCGCUGACUGUGGACGAAUCAGCGUCGAACGUGCAACGUCAGCAUGCUGCCCUUCUUCACACGCCAGGAGCGGGCGGAGUCUUAUUGGACGUCGCCACCCUUCCUCCGCCGUCCCAGGGGUCGAUUGGUGCGCCAGUGACAGCGGGAGCGGCAACCGCCACGCAAGGUUCUGCUGUGGCCUUAGCGGCCGCACUCGCUGAUCCUGCGUCGUCAGCUGUGUGGCGAACGUUUGUGGUGCGGGUCGCGCAGACGCCUCAGAAGGCGUUCAGCGUGACUGCUCACGCGGCAGACCGCAUUAGCGAUGUCAUGGCGAUGGUGGAAGGCAGUACCGGCAUCAAGGCUGAGUGUCAGGAGUGGCGAGUGGUCAGCGGCGGAGCAGAGGGUUUCGGGGUCUCUUCUACUACAGCGCAGAAGUCGCUAGAUCCCGCGACGCUAGUAGGCAGCACAACGCUUGGUCUCCCGUCGGCACUGCGCAACGGUCCAGCGCAGUUUACCUCCUCGACCUCUGGCGGCAACACUGCGCAAGAGGUCUGGAUCUAUGAGGCCGAGGAAACCAUCCAGGUGCGCUUUCAUGUGAAAGAUCGACUGCACAACAAGAAGGACUGGCAGGAGCGGCUGCCGGUGAAGGAGAAGGUGCUGAAGGUACGCGCUGUAGUGCAGCGCAAGACGCUUAUCCCACUCUCCCGGUGCACUCUCACCCUGAAGCGCAGCAAUGGCUUGGUGACGAAGCUGCAGGACCGCCACACGCUCGCUCACUAUCAUCUUGGGAGCGGCGAUGUCAUCGAGGUCUCGCACGAUUAA